AAGAAGAAGUAAUUUUAAAUGAAAAUAGUAGUUUGAACUUUUGAUGUGAUAUUCAUAGGGACAGGUGAAUGUUUUCGAGACAGUUGAUAUAUGCGUAGAACCAUAGAAACAUAACCUAUCAAUGCAAAACACACGUCUGCGUUGAUUCUGUGAAACCAAAUGGAAAAAUACUGACAUUUUACCAAACAGUGAAAAUUACACGCAAGUUGUAUUGAAUCGGAAUAAAGGUGCUAUUGCCCUUCACCCUUUAUAGCCAGAUAAAUCCCGUAUGCAAAUAGUAUUAUAGCAUAUUUACAAGCAAACAAAAUGUCAGACGACGAUGAUUAUAUGUCAGAUAAGUUUCUCGUUGAAACAGAGAAAUGCACUCCUCCGAGUUUAGUAUUCAAAAAAUCUGAGCAACGUGAAAUAGAGCUUUUAAAGAGGAAAGUAGCUGCUGAGGAAAAGAUGAGAGAGAAAAAUAAAUCAGCCAAGGCAAUUGAACAAGAAAGAAGAGAGGAAGGUUUAGCGUCAGCUAUAGCUAGUAGUAACAAAGGGUUCAAAAUGUUAAUGAAAAUGGGUUAUAAACCUGGUCAAGGUAUAGGGAAAACUGAAUCUGGUCGUACAGAGCCCAUUCCAGUUGAUCUUAAAACAAAUCGUCUGGGUCUGGGAAAAUCGGAGAAAAGAAAAUCCACAAAAUCCAUCAAUCCAACAGCUAAACUGGAAACACUGAAAACUGAAGAUUUUCGUAACAGAAUAUCGACGAAAAAGAGCGAACAAUUAACAGUAGGUGAUUUGUUGAAAAGUCAAAAGGUCUGUGAAGUACUCGACGUUAAAGAAAAUUUAAGUGAACCAAAGGAAACUUGGUUUUGGCCAGAAGUUAAGAAAGAAAACAAAAGCGAUGAGGAGGUGGAAGCAGAGGAAGAUGAUGAAGAACCUGAAGAGACAGUACUUCUCACAAGUGAAAAAUUAGAAAUCAUUACCAAAUAUCUGCGGGAUAAAUAUUUUUACUGCAUUUGGUGUGGUGCGACUUAUGGUAAUGAUGAGGACUUGAAGGAUAAUUGUCCUGGGAGUACACGUGACAGUCAUUGAAGUAUUUUAUUUCCAGCACUUGAAACCAAUUGAUUAAUUUUUUUUGUAAUAAAUAAAAGAAUUCCAUUUUA